AUGGAAGAAUCUUUCCUUGAGCAUCCUACAUUCGACGGUGAAGGACGGAAUCCCUUCAAUUUCUCGGUUCUCGCGGAGUACCAAGCAGCUAGUGCAGAUUUGCAACAGACCGUGGUUGAUAACCCGGAACGGUUUUUCAAGAAGAUGUUUGGAAACAGUGAGCUGAUAUGCUUUCGUCAGAAUGACGAGGACAAGAUUGUCCUGACAAAAGAGUUGCUUCCCAAGUUGGUCAGCUUCUAUCACAAGUCCAUGGCACAUGUCGAAGGCAUGGAUCGUUUAGAACAAACGAUCAAGACACAUUUCUAUCAUAGAGGUAUUCGCGACGAAGUCCGAAAACAAAUUGAGCAGUGCGAAGCAUGUGCGAAGAACAAACGAGCACGACGUGCUUAUGGAGAAUCUGCUCCACGUGAUGCUACGGCGAUGCCCUGGCAAGAAGUCCAUUGUGACACAAUCGGUCCGUGGAAGAUUGAGUUACGACAACGGACGUUGACUUUCAACGCUAUGACUAUGGUGGAUCCUUGCACAAACUUGAUAGAGAUUGUACCUAUCAUGCGACGCACGUCGGAAGAAGGUGCCCGAGUGGUCGAAGAUACAUGGUUUGCUCGGUAUCCUCGACCCAAGAAAGUGGUUACGGACAACGGUCCGGAGUUCAAACUGGAAUUCAUUGCGAUGGUGAAAAAGAAUGGUGCAGUGCAUCGCUACUCGUCCCCUCGUAAUCCACAAGACAUCCUGGCCGUGCAACGACAUCAUCAAUCCUUGGUUGACAAACGUUUGCUGCGGGCCAAUGCUAAACGCAUUUCCUAUGACUACGCGGUCGAUGACCUGGUCUACAAGCGUGCGUAUCUCGGUCUCAGUGAUAAGUUGAAGCCUACGGCUUCUGGUCCCUACCGUGUUUCCCGCGUUCAUACCAAUGGCAAUGUGAUGAUUCAGCUCAGUCCUCAUCAGUUCGAGCGACUGAACAUUCGGCGCGUGUUUCCAAAGCAUCCACUCCAACGCGACGAGUUCUCUCACGUCAACACCGAGCACGAUCUCCUCAACCUUGAGCAUAGCUGGUUUGUCGACCCCGACCCACUUGGCAUUGGGAAGAAAGCUGAGCCUUCUCAACUCCAGAUUGAAAAAGAAAGGAUGCCUGACGAACUCCAGCCAACCAGUUAUCGGAACCGCCACAGGCAACCUCGAAACCCCCAUCCCAACAGGCUCCCUCCCUACCCUCCGGCACCCCCUGCCUACCAGGGCCAGCAACCCCCAGGGUACCCCGGCUACGCCUUACCUCCUCCGGUCCCUCCUACCCGCCGCGGCAACGCGCCCGGGCGGCAGAACCGCAACCCACCACGCGAUCACGCCCCACAGCAACCAAUCCAGAAUCCGGCACUUCACCGGAAUCUCCGACAGUUUUGGGCCACCAUUGUCCAACCCCAGCAGCAACACAUCCCGCUUGGGUCCAUCCUGGCUCGUGGAAACUCCAAUACCCAAGAUGCCCUUACCCGUCUUGGCCUCACCGCUGAUCACUGUGGCUUGUUCCACCUCCGCGGCUCUUGCAGCCGGGCCGGCUGCCCCCGUCACCAUACACUCGCAGCAAGCGCUCCUCCGACCGAACUCCAGGUCAACACAGUGGUGGGCAUUCUUAAUGCUGGCCUAGCCGUGCUGGUGGCACACCCAUGA